UAUAUUGGGCGUCUCGUGUCGUUCGUCAAUUUCUUACUUUUCAUUUAGGCAGAGUAUAAUACUUAGGAUAGUGAGUUGUUUUCGCUUUCUAACCCUAGUUGUUUGCUAAUAUUGUACAGGAUGACUAUCCGAUGGGGUAUUGUAAGUGCUGGCAAAAUUGGCCAUGAUUUUGUGAACGCAAUGAACACGUUCCCAGACAAGGGAGAUCAAGUAAUUACUGCUGUAGCUGCUAGAGACUCGCAAAGAGCAGCAGAGUUCGCGAAACUGCAUAAUAUACCUAAAGUUUUUGAGAACUAUGAAGCAUUGGCACAGAGCAAGGACAUAGAUAUCGCAUAUGUGGGUGUAUUGAAUCAAGACCACUACAAUAUCAGCAAACUUUUUUUGGAAAACGGUAAACAUGUGUUAUGUGAAAAACCGCUUUGUCUUAACUUUAAACAAGCACAAAGUUUACUGAGUUUCGCAAAAAAGAAGAAGUUAUUUUUGAUGGAAGCCGUUUGGUCACGCUUUUCACCGGCUUAUUUGGCUUUAGAAGAAGAAAUAAAAUCAGGAAAACUUGGAGAGAUAAAGCACGUUGAUGUCAACUUCGGCACUCCUAUAGGGAAAGUAGACAGAGUGACCAAAAAGGAUUUGGGUGGCAGCGCCAUUCUCGAUAUCGGAAUAUACGUAUUACAAUUCGCACAAUUCGUGUACAAAACUGAACCCGUAAAAAUAACAGCUACAGGCAUUCUAAACGAGAACGGUGUUGAUAUCGUGGAUACAGUCGUACUCGAAUACGAAUGCGGCGGACGUGCUGUGCUUAACGUGGAUACUAGAGUUAAACUGUGGAACAAAGCUACAGUUGUCGGAACUAAAGGAAGAGCCACGAUCGAAGAGCCCUUUCACUUCCCAAAGAAGUUCGUUCACGUGGAUGGUACCGUUGAAGAUUUUCCCCGGCAUUCAUCUAAUCUACAUUACAACUUUGAAAAUAGCGCCGGCUUAGUUUACCAGACCUUAGAAGUUGUAAAAUGUUUACGUGAAGGGCUUUUGGAGUCACCACGCUUUCCACAUAGCGAAAGCCUUAUACUAGCAAAACUUGAGGAUGCUGUCAGAAAACAAGUUGGCGUGCAUUACGAUGUAGAUGACCAAGAGUUUCCUUAGAAGUUUCUACUUUAUACCACGAUUUUCAGGUCCACGUCUCGAAUUACAAACAGCAAAACUCACGGAAAAAUAUUUCAAUUAAUAAAAAGUAUAUCUUAUAUUCCAAAAUA